AUGAAGGUGAAGUGGACCAUGCUGGGCAUGGUGGUCUUCUUUCUGCUCUCUGUGGUCAUGACCUGCUGCUUCAUUUGGCAGUACAGGAUGCCAAAGCUGAAGGCUGAAGUGCUUCUUAAACAAGUGAAAGCAGAGGAGAUGUGCCCUCGCUUCCCCGAGCCUGUGCCCCUGGAACAUCCCAUCACAUCCCUGAGGGUGGCCUUAGAAAAGACGGACUUACUCCUGAGGACGAGCAUUCAUACCACCAAGCUUCCAGCAAUAUCAGCCAUCGUGGUUUUGAAUGACUCUGUUCUGUGGAACGGAAACUUUGGCAAGAAAAACACAAGUGACCCGUCGUCAUCUGCACCCAACGAGUACACAGUGUACCGAAUUGCGAGCCUGUCUAAGAUCUUCCCCACACUGAUGCUGUACAAGCUGUGGGAGGACGGCCUGGUGGACUCUCUGGACGAUCCUCUGGAGAAGUACGCAGAAAACUUCACCAUCAAGAACCCACUGGGGAAAAGUGGGGGGUCAGGAUCCUCAUCAUCCAGGACGCUCAGCAGCCUCUCACCUGCCAUCACCCUGCGCAGGAUGGCCAGCCAGCUGUCCGGGUUGCCCAGAAGAUUAAGGUCAACUAAUCUCCUUUGGAGCGGAGACACGGAGGCAGCCCUUAAUUUGUUACAGGAUGAUGUUCUUGUGGCAGAUCCAGGCACAAAAUGCCACUACAGCAAUGUUGCUUUCUCCUUAUUGGCCAACAUCUUGGCCCAAAAGGUGACUGGCUCAGACUUUGAGAGUUGGGUUUCAGACAACGUUCUGAAGCGCCUCAACAUGGAGGACACUGGUUUUAACCUGACUUCGGCCAUUCAGAAGCAGAUGGCUGUCGGUGUGUACAGCAACGGCCAGCCCGCUCCCCUGUACAACCUCGGCUGGUACCGGCCUGCGGGUCAGAUGUAUUCUACAGCAGCUGACAUGGCCAAGCUUAUGAUGGCUCUUCUGGGUGCGUACAGAGGAACGCUGCUCCGCCAGGACACGCUGAACACCAUGCUGACGCCGGUCAUCCGAUGUCACAGCGGCUACUUUGCCAACUCCACUGGCACGCCGUGGGAGAUCAAUGAGCAGUUUGGCUACGAUGUGGUGAGGAAGGACGGUGACCUGGAUGGAUUCGCAGCCACCCUCUCCCUGGUGCCGCGUCUGAAGCUGGGUCUAGUGAUCCUGAUGGCCGGGGUCCGUCCUGCCGACAGGGACCUGGUGAGCCAGGCGUACAGCUAUCUCAUCCCCGCCGUGGAGAAUGCUUUCAGGAACGCUCGACGAAUUCUCAGACCGCCACCUGACCCAGCUCCAUAUAUCGGCUUUUUCACUUACAGGAACAUGACUUUCUAUGAGAUUAAGGUGGAUUCAGACAAGGUGCUUGUCAUGCAGCAAUUUGGACCACAGGUGGACUCAAAUGUGCCAUCCAAGUACCGAACUAUCAGGCUGGAUUACCUGCAGGACAGGGUGUUCAGGGUGGUGUUUGAGAGCCCGUACCCUUGCAAGAUGAAAGUUAACAGCGCCUCGGUCUCCCUGGAGGCGCAGGACAGACAGCUCUUCAACUUUUACGUGUUCAACAAAAAAGGUGUGUCGCCGGGGUUUGACUCCCCAGGACUCAACACCUACAGGGUGAUGAGGGUGUCCGGCAGACCAUACUUUACCUCAUAA